UUUUACUUUUUAAAUGUUUUAAACGACAAUUUAUAGACCAAUAAAAAUCCUGAUUACACACACACACACCUACUCGGUGUCUAGAACAGCAUUCAUGUUGUUUGAUGUUAUUGUUAUUGAAGUAAAACGUCAUUUUAUGGUGCAUUAUAAUCUUAUAGCUAAUUGUAACAAUUAUUUUUUUACUAAUAAUACAAUUAAUCUAUUAACGUAUAAAGUUUGGUAAAUGUCGAGUGAUAAUUAUCAAAUACAAAAUAUAUUAAGCUACACAAGAAAAUCCUACAAAAGUCGAAAUGGGAUGUCCUUAGAAGCGUUUACUAGUGCUAGAACUGAAGACGUAAAUGAAGAAUUGCUUGAAUCGCCAAGGAGCGAUAGGGUGACUGCAGAUACUGCAAGUUGUAGUUGCGAUUUAGAUACAGAAGUGGAAAUAGCUAACAUUCUUCACAAAAAAUGUCCUGUUAUAGCAUUAGCUCAACAGCAACUUCAACGGCUUCUGGACGAAACUGAUAAGUUACUUUGUGAUAAUACACGGUGUUGCAGGUCGAUCUAUGAUUAUUUCCUUUUAGGUAAGGAAGUAUUAUGGAAUCAAAAUAAAUGCCAAUGUACGCUUAUAAUCAUGAUAAUAUUCACAUUUAUCGUCGGCCUUAUACUUGGUGCUGCUUCGUGUGGAACGAACCUGCGGAAAUUCAAUAGCCCUCUUCUUACAUGCAUUGAUAACUAUUUUAUACCUGAAACUUAUUCAGCUCAUGACGAUUUAUUUAGUGCUAUUGUUUGAAAUAUCUGUAAGUCUUGUCGAAAUGUAAAAAAAAUUAACGAAUCUAACACAUAAAUUAAAAUUCCUAAUAUACACACAUAUGAAAUGUUUUUCAUUUUUUAAAGAGUUUUAUAAGAGAAAUGGACACUAGAUAUUGUACACAGAAUGCAAUUAAUACACUGCACUUUUUUAAAUCUUAACAAAAUUAUUUAUU